GAAAUUCGUUAGUCUUAUCCCAGAUAUUAAGCGAAACGCCCAGAAAUUGUCCUAAAAUGAAAUUCAAGGAAAAGUUGAAUAUGUUGUUCAGGGGGUUUGAUUCGAAAUUUAAAGAACAGUUUGGCUUUGAGAUUAAAGAAACGACGUUUACCAAAGUCGUUAAUUAUUUCCAUGCCCCGAAGGAUGCGUCCAGUUUAGCUGUCACGAGAAUUUUAUUUGGUUUGGCAAUGCUAUUCGACAUACCGGAUGAGCGCGGCGGUGCCCACUUGAACAAAAGAUGGGGGGACUCCAAAAUGUGCCACUUUCCACUUUUCGACUUUGUCCCGGGUGUUCCGAUGCCCUACAUGUCUUUUGUCUACACAGCAUUGUGGAUAGGUGCACUAGGUAUAACGCUGGGAUGGAAAUACCACUCCUUAGCGCGGCUAUUUACUAUUUCCUAUUGGUACAUAUUCUUCAUUGAGAAAAGUUACUGGAACAAUCAUAGUUACUUGUUUGGUUUGGUGGGUUUUCUUCUUACUUUUACCGAUGCCAACUGCUAUUGGUCUUUAGAUGCUAUAAUAGAACCUGAAAAAGCCAGCGAUACAGUUCCGUAUUGGCAAUACUUCAUUUUGAAGUUCCAAUUUUUCAUUCUUUAUUUCAUGGCCGGAGUGAAAAAGGGCACCGCAGAAUGGCUAACUGGAUACUCUGUGCCAAAUCUUAGCGCUCAUUGGGUGUUUACUCCUUUUACGUUGUUUUUAACAAUCGAGCAGACCGACUACCUCAUAGUGCACUGGUUCAUUUUUGUGUUCGAUCUGACUGUGGCCUUCUGGAUGAUGUGGUCUCGCACUCGGCAUGUGGCUAUGGUGUUCUGCGCCUUAUUCCAUCUUAUGAAUUCCAGGUUGUUUACUAUAGGUAUGUUUCCAUGGGUGUGUUUGGCUACAAUGCCACUGUUUUAUCCAUUCAAUUGGCCAAAAUUAAUUAUUAAUUUUGUUAAACUGCGCUGCAUGACUUCAGUGGCUAAAAUUAUUAAAAUACAUAAGACAAUUCCUAGAAGUUCCCCGGAGCUACAUGAAAAUAAUACAGAUAAUAAUGUUAACGAUAAUGAUGAUAAUAACAUUUUUGAAAAAGACAGCGCAUUGUUAUAUGAAAAUAAAGAACAAAAUGAAGAACUUUGCGAGACUAGUGAGUCAGAAGAUUUGAAAUUUCACGAAAUAGAUGAAGUGGAAUGCUUUGAAAUACAAAAGCAUAAAAUUACCUUCGAUAAAAAUGUGACAUCAUUACAACAUACUCGUAAAAAAGAAAAUGAUACAGACAAUGAAACAGUAAUUACCCGGAGUAAAGAAAUUACGACUAUUUUGAUUUUCAUAUACAUGACAAUGCAAGGUUUCCUGCCGUUUUCCCACUUCAUCACCAAGGGCUACAAUAAUUGGACAGACGGUCUCUACGGAUAUUCCUGGGAUAUGAUGGUUCACACAUGGGACGUCCAAUCAGUGACUGUGAAAGUAGUUGAUAACGAUAAAAAUAACCAUUUCUUUAUCGACCCUAACGUAUUUAUCCCAAAUGACCGCUGGAAUAAACAUGGAGACAUGGUACAUCAAUACGCCAUAUGUUUGAAUAACACCUUGAUUAAAGAAUCCGAAAAAUCCCAGAAGGAAAAUGGAAUGCUUUCUAGAAAUAUUUCAAUUUUUAUUGACGUAUGGUGUUCGAUGAAUGGUAGAUUUGUCCAACGAAUGUUUGAUCCCCAUGUAGAUUUAUUGCAAGUUUCUUGGAGCACCUUUGAGAAGAUUCCCUUCUUAAUGCCCCUUUUGGACGAUGCAACAAAGUGGAGACCCAUUUUGAGUCAAAUAAGGCGUGACGUACACUCAUGGGAUCCCUUUAGUAACGUAGUAUUUUUCGCAGAUUUUCCAGAUUAUGUUUUGGACAAAUAUAUUCCACCAGAAUUAAGUAACGUGACCCUAACAAUCUUAGAAGGAGAAGUAGCCGUGGAACCAGAGAUGACAAAUCUUUUUAGCCAGUCUUUCCAGUUAAAAACAGGACAACUCUCACAAUUGGAUUCUGGGAUGUUUCAUCGAAUUCUGAAUAUUGGCAAAAAACCAGCAUUUUACAUGUUCACUUUUUAUAACAAGACGGAGGCAUUAAUACACGUUCAUAAUGAAAAUAACAGGGAACCAAAAUCUAAAUUACCAAUUAUAAGUGAAUUGAAAAUUAGAUUGAGUAACAUGCUAGUUUUUGGUGAUAUAUUGUUUAAAGGAUAUUAUCAAUUGUUUUUUCGGUUGUCGAUGUUUUUAGUUUGA